AUGUCAUUUGUUGUUCCAGCGGAUCAACUGGAUAUCCAAAAGGUGUCGCAUUAUCCCAUCAUUCUCUUUUGUAUAACGAAAUUCGGAUCACAAUUUUUAUCAAAAAAAUUAUUAUUCACAUCUCCGUUAUUUUGGAUAUCAAAUUUCAUAUUAACGAUAAUGUCUUGCAUUUUUGGACAAACUAGAAUAGUUCCAAAAUCUACAAAUACCAUACAUUAUUUGGAAUGCAUUGAAAAAUAUCAGCCUGAAUUCACGGCUUUUUCACCGUCUUCCCUAUUAUUUUUAGUAGAUCAUCCAGAUUUUGAUAAAUUCAAUUUGAAAAGUUUAAAAUUGAUUUUUUCAAAGUGGAAAAAUGUACACAUACUCCAGGGUUACGGUAUGACAGAAUUUGGUGGAGGGAUCACAAGUCCAAAUUUUGGAAACGCUACGUCUUCCGUUGGAAAAGUUUUACCCAACACUUCAAUAAAAAUUGUGGAUCCAUCAUCGGGUAAAAUUCUCGGUCCGAAUGAAAUCGGAGAAUGUAGAGUUAAAGCCGACAGAGUUAUGAUUGGAUACUACAACAAUGAAAAAGCAACCAAAGAAUCUUUUGACGAUGACGGUUGGUUUAAAACUGGAGAUUUGAUGUAUUACGAUGAUAAUAAAUUGUUAUACGUUGUCGGAAGAAUCAAAGAAACCGUUAAAUAUCAAAAUUAUCAAAUUUCUUUAGCGGAAAUAGAAAAUUUUAUAAUAUCUUUACCGGGUGUAAAAGAUGCUGCGAUAGUACCCAUUCCUCCAAUGGACCAAAUCAUCAUUUAA